AUGACUUCAAUUACGAUCGGGCCUCCCGACCUUAAGACAGUUGAUCCGACCAUGCUGGCCGUGGCCAAGUUUCUACAUGGCAAUUCUAUUCUCAAGCAGCGCGAGGGUAUUCUCAACGGUCGCCGAUAUAUGUUUUUCAAGGUUAAGCGAGCAGUUCGUGCCCUUGAAUCCGAUAGCUACAAGAAAAGACAGGGCAAGGUGAAUAGCCGACUUCCCCCGGUGGCGUCCCAAGACCAGGCACUACAGUUGCUUCGCCAGCUGCCAUUGCAAAAGCUUGCAUUCCAGGCUGUUAAGCUGGAUACUGAUGACGCUAUUUCCAAAGGUCUGAAGCCCCGGCCUGGGGUUCCUGUUUUGCAGAUUAGUCCUCAGCAGCAGUUUUUGGAAGAUCAGUAUGUGGUUUGGUUCUACGAGCCCGUUUCGCUGCUGAGCCACUUGUACGCGGUUCUUGCCGUUGCUGGUAUUUUUGCAGUUGUUUUGUUCCCUCUGUGGCCCUUGGCCCUACGCCGAGGUGUGUGGUAUCUGUCGAUGGGUCUUCUUGGGCUGAUUGCUGCCUUUUUCGGUCUUGCCAUUGUGCGGUUGAUUUUGUUUAUGAUUACCUAUGUUGUUGUGAAGCCCGGUAUUUGGAUUUUCCCGAAUUUGUUUGAAGACUUGGGUGUUUUGGACAGUUUUGUUCCUCUGUGGUCAUGGCACGGCGCUGAUGCCAUGAGGAUCCACCGCUUGGCCAAGAAGAAGAAGAAAAGCAAACAGCAAAAGGCCCGGAAGCUGGAGAAGCAAAGGGCUAAAGAAACUGGUGGUGCUGGUGCAACAGGUGCCCCUGCAGCUGGAGCACCUGCUGGUGGCAUGCCAGGUGUUAACCCGCAAUUACUUGCUCAGUUGCAAAAGCUCAAUGCCAGGAUCCAGGCGAUCUCGGCUGAGCGUGAAAAGGCAGGCAAACCCAUGGCUCAAGAGGAGGUCCAGAAGCUUGGUCAGGCUCUUAUUGCUGAAUACAUGGGUCCCCUACAAUCUGGGGGUGCUGCUGCGCCGGGUGGUGCCCAAAGAGGUGCUCCUGCUGCUGCUUCAGCCCGUCCUGCUGGUAACAGAACUGUGAAAAUUGAAGAGAUUGAGGAUGAAGAUUAG